UCAAAAAACCGUUGCUAGUCGCUCACUCGCAACUUUCGGAGCAAAAAAUAAAAUAUGUUCUGGAGAUUUUUAUAAAUAUUGUUCAGAGACAAUAGCUUAAAGUAAAUUUUGCGCUGAGAUGGAACUGGAUGCGCUACAUUCUGAUUUGAGCAAACGUUUGCAUGUACUAGGAUUUAAUCAUCCUCUACCGUUAGGUGCGAUCGGGAUCGUGUCCGCUAUUCUCGACGACUUAAUUAGAACAUCUGAAAAAUUAAAUGGAGCUCGUCAUCAAAUCUAUCAGCUGCAACAGGAAAAAGUUGCCUGGGAGCUCGGAGUGGAACCGUACAAGUGCGACAAUUCCCGUUUGUUGGCUGAAUGUAACGGACUGCAUUUGGAACUAGUGAAGCAGCGGGAUAAAUUUGUGCUGGCCAACACGGAACUGAAGUGUAGAUUACGCAAUUUGCAAACCGACAAGAAACAAUUGCAGGAACGAUGUUUGCAGAUUGAGACGAAAAUUCGAGAGCUUCAAAGUUCUGACUGUAAAUUGAAAAAGGAUGGUGUAAAUAUGCAGCGGAAGCCAUUCAUAUCAACGGUAAGGCCUGGUUAUUAUCAGACUCCCAAAUGCUGCGAUUCUCAGCAGCCUAAAACUAGAUGUGAAUGUCCCUGCAAUCAACCUCGUAAGACGGAUAUCAUGAAUGAGAUUGAACGACUACAAGUUGAAACAAAAAAUCAAACAGAGGUUAUUGAUGCAUACAAGAAACAGAUUGACUGUCGGGAUCGAGAAAUUCAGCGACUGGGGGCAUUGUUUGCAGGUGGUCGUCCAUCUACUGCACUGGCAAAGGACUGCUGUUACCGAAGUGUCAACUCACUAGCCGAAGAUGUUGAUAAGUUACAGGAGGAGAAGUUGUCGAUACAAAACAAGUUGACUGAUGCGAUGGAAAGUCAACAAAAUGCUAGUAAGAAAAUCCAGAAACUAUCCGAACGCAAUAAGCAACUUGAACAGGAGUUGAAGGAAAUUGAAAACGUGGCCCUGAAUGUGGAAUCUGAAGCAAAUUUGCAUAUUUUGGAUAAGAAUAGGCAGAAUUCCGAUUUGCAGAUCAAAUUACAUCAGUCUAAUAUGCGCGUUAAAGAGUUGGAAACGAUACUUGAAGCGAAGUCUGUAGCAAUAACAUCAAGUAGUUCUACGGCCUCUGCCAAUUCGAUCGAUUCAACGUUGCAGAACGCACUAAGACAAGCAAGUGAGGAAAAGCGCGCAUUGUAUAAGCAGUUGAAUGAACUAAAACAACGGGAACAAACCUUCCUGGAUGACUACGAGAAGAUAAAAACCAAAUAUUCUAAAUUAAAAUUAAAAUUUUUGAAUCAAGAAAACAAUCAAACUUACACUGAACUCGUGGAAAUGAAACAGAAAUUGGAAGAAUCUCUCAAUAGUGUAAAAACUGAACGAGAUCAGCUUACCAAUGAGCUUACGUUGCUACGUGACACGAUUGCAAAAAUGAAAUCUGAUGCGACGGAGAAAGAUAUUCGUCUAGCACAAUUGGAAAGUGAAAUUCAUCUGCUCAAAAAAACUGGUAUCGCCACGGCAGGACGCAUAAAGACGUCUGACUCGGCACUAUCCGCUCAAUCUUCACUUUCGGUUCAAUCUGCGUUCCAUCGGGUGGAACGCGAGAGAGAUGCAACUAAGAGAGAAAUUCAGCAGUUGGAAAUCGAAAGGGAUUCUUUGAGAAACAAAUUGCAACUAGCCACCAAGAGUCAGAUGGACGAACGAACCAAACACGAGGAGAAACUCAUCGGUUAUAGUACUCAGAUUGCUAAAUUAGAAACGGAAAAACGAGAUUUGCUAUGUGGACAAAGUUCUUCUCAGGCCACUUUGCAUUUGCUGCGCGAGGAGAACCAAGAACUACAGGACCGGUUGAAGGGUGUAGAAGAUGGCUUCAGCAAACUUAGGAUUUCACAUUCACAACUGAAGCUGCUACAUGAACAAACGGAAAAAACACUGUCACAACAGCAAAAUAGAUUGAUGUGUUCGGAAAGUCAGCUUGACUGUGCUGAAGCAAGAUUAAGUCAGGUUGAUGGUACCAUCGAAAAUGCUACUAAAGAUAUUGGGAAACUAAAAGGCGAUAUCAGUGUUUUGAAGGCCUCCAAUGCAUCUUUGCAACGAGAGAAGGAUAAGCUGCUGAUGGAGCUGGAUAAGAAGACCGAGAAACUGUAUCUGGCGGAAACAGAACUAAGUAAAGUAAAAUCAAACACAUCCGAACUGCGAGAUACCAUCGAAAGACUUCAGAAAAAGUUCGAAAAUGCUAGUGUGGACAACAUCCAAAAAGAGAGCACACUGCGAAACGUUACUUCCGAAAGUGACACGUUGAAAAAACAGGUGGCGACACUGAAGCGUUCGCAUGAUAACGCUGUUACCGAAAAUGGUCGAUUGUCGAAUGAGUUGAGCGAUGCCGCCUCGGAACUAACACUAACAAAACGGAAACUUGCCGACUGUCAGGAUGAGGUGGACCGAAUGAAGUCUCAAUUACGUGAAUAUGUUCAAGAAAUUCAACGUGCCGAGGAAUUGCUGUGUGUAAAGGAACGGGAGCGUGAAGAAAUGCUGGAGCAUUACAAAUCACUUUCUGAGGGGGUCAACAUGCUCGAGGUUAGCAACCAUACUUUGGAAGCUGAGAGUGUAGAAGCCAAAAAACUGCUGCAGGAAGCGGAAGACCGAAUUUCUGCUCUACAAGAGCAGCUUGAACUUCGACAGUCUGAAAUUAGGAAAUGUGAGAGACAGAUUAAUGAACUGUCGGCGAGCAUAGUUUCACUCGAGGAAGAGAUCGAAUGUGUUAGGGAAGAAAAUGCCAACAUUCGGGAAGACUUGCAUGCCACUAAGGAUCUCUGUAGUAAAUUGGAUGUCCAGAAAGAAAAAUUGCAAGAAGAGCUGAAUGAGCAUUCGAGUAUACGCGAACAGUUGAAUAAGGAAAAUGACACAUUGAAACGACAACUUUCGUUGGCUAAAACUGGCGACAAAGCGGCUGUCGAUGGGUUACAAGAAUUAUUAGUGGCCAGUCGAUCUGAAGUCGAACAGCAGCGUAUGGUAAUUGGUCAACUGAAUCAGGAGCUGAAAUCUCUGAAAGGACGACUAGAAGAUAUAACGAAAAAUUUAGCAAUAGAACGUGAAAAUGCCGUGAGAAGUGAAGCACUGGCGAAUGAGUACAGCGUUCAACUACAAGAAAUGAGACGUAUGAUCACUGAUGAUCGCUUUGCGCAGGUGCAAUCAAGGGAGGACAACGACUAUAAUAGAAUCAAGAUCUACUUGGACUCUACGGAAAGCAAUUUGAAGAUUGAUAGUAUGUCGAAGACUGAUGAAAAUUUUUCUACUGAAAUUUUCUCUAAUUCAAUUGUAUCCGAAACUCCUGACCGUCAUAAGACGAUGCAGCCAGUUUGUCUGAAUAAUCGAAGUAAUAGCAUGAAAAGUUUGAGGCCGAAUCACAGGGAGUCUGUGAAACAAGAUCGUAAAUACUUUUCCGAACCUGAGACAACCGAGAUACAGAAUAAAUAUCAGAUAGGUUACCGAGGAAGCCCGACUGUGAUUCCCGAUGAAGUGAAAUUAAAACUUUCGGCAAAUGAGCAUACCAAUAAAGGGGAAUCUGUUCUGUACCCUGUUGUGAUCUGUGAAAAACCUGUGGAUGGAUCCGAGAAAAAUGUUUUUGCAAACAAUACAUCAAAUUUCAAUCAUUCAUUUGAAAGUAUAAAAUUGGAUUUGAAUGUUGAUACUGAGACCAAGUCUAUAAAAGAUAGCGAACGUAAAAAAAUAGUAUCAUCUGUGGAUAUGGUGAAAGAUGUUAGCUCAGAACUACAGAAUAUACAAACGAAACAAACUCAGGAUAAUCAUACACAACACUCAGAAGAGCAAUCCAAAGCCCCAGUUGGCUGGAAAAUUUCACAGUACCCAACAAAAAAAAGAUCUUCCAUACGUGCUCAAGAAUUUUGCAAUAACGGGGAAAGUGUUUCUCUAAGAAAAAAAUCUUAUGAAUAUGUACAAGGUUCGCCUGACAAUCCCACUUCUGAAUCAAAAAGGCCGAUACGAACGCAGGAACUCAAGGCAUCAUUUGUUCAGCGAGAGAAAAGGUCAUUCAGAAACUCACACAUCUCAUCGCCGUCAAGAGUUCCCAGUGUAGUGAGUGUUAUGAAUGUUACGUCGUCCGAUUUAGUGAUGCGCGAAAACAGUCAUCAGAACGGUACAAAUGACGAGUUACUGUCAAUCAUAGAACCGGGGUCUAUGAUGCGUAGGAAUGAUUCGAGGAUAAAUUUAAACUCAUCCAUGACAUUGGAAAAACCCGACAAGCCAUCGAUAUCUCUAGUGUCGAAUCCUCGCGAGAAGAGUUAUGAAGAGUUUAGACGAAGCUUCUUUGAAAAAAGACAACAUGCUAAAGCAGGCUUAUCACAAGUAACUACUUUUUCGGAUCAUCAAGGUCUGCUUCCAGAGUCUGAACCAGAGUUUUUAGAACAUCGAAGUGAAAUCCCAAUCGAUAGAGCUUCAAGCACACGCAUAGCAAGAAAAAAGCUGAAUAAAUCUGAGCAGUCGGCCAUUAGUUCCACAAGUAAAAUUGUUGGAAGCGGGUCAAAAGCUACCAUUUACAAAAAUGCACUGGACGAUGGGUUAAUUCUAGCCGACGACAAACAUCAGUGGCAGCAGCACCAGCAGCAGGACAAUGGACAUAAUUGUAGGACUGCUCGAAGCAGUAUAAUAGUAAUUGACGAUUUGCGCCGACCUAAAACGCCAAUUAGGACACCCGAAGUGUCAGGCAGAAAAGCUAUAUCCUCUGCAUCCAGAAUGAGAACGGAUAACCAACAGAACCCCGUCGGGAGACGCAACAAUAAGAGCAGCAAAACUAUACUAAGCAGCAGUAGUAGGUGUGAGCAAAGAAAGUGGGGAGAAAUCUUACAACACAAACCAAGCCCCUCAAGCACGAAAGAGACAAACGAGAGACGUCUCUCGCUUCUAUCGGAAAAAACUAACGACCGGAUAACGACGAUAAAUUAUGAAAUACUUAACGCAAACGGGGAGCGCAGUAGUGGUAGCGUGGAAGCAGUUGAAGUGAUUCAAAAUGGGCGAAUGCCUCCCAAGUUGCAACCAAUUACGUCUACCGAUGGAGGCGCCGGUUUGGCGCCGGAGGUACUGCUCAAUGGUGAUUCCAAGAUGUACGUGCUCAACUUUAAGAUUAAGGUACCGGCUAACAACGACGGAAAGGAAAAAAUACGAGCGAAAAUUGCACCUAAUCGGUAAUUUUAAGCUUAUGUCGCACAAAGCUUUCGCGAAGAGGUUCCCAGGUACAGCACAUAUUCACAUCAAUGAAUAUAUUUUUAU